GCGUCUCAAACCGUACCGUAUCAUACGUUCUAUCCACGAUCUGUCGACACCACUCCACUUGCAUCAUCCUCCUUUCAUGUCGUUGUCGUCGUCAUCACCUCCUGCACGCCCGAGUAGUCCGGUAUCCGUUCCGCACCGAAACGACGCCACGUCCGAAUGCGAGCCAACACGGGGAGAAGAACACGUACAAGCCGUGGUGCAGAAAUUAAUCCACGUGGUGACGACACAGUGUCAACCGCAGGGUCGCUUUUGGGUCACGUCUGCUACCACUACAGAAGUAGCAGCAACAAUAACACCCUCAGUAUCAACAGCCACAACACCCAGUCUCGAGACAGUGUCUCCGCCAGCGGCAGUCCCCACAAUAUCCACGGAACCUCUCUGGACCGAGUUGGAUCCAUUAUCGGUCCAACAAUUCGUUCGGGAUUCCCUGCUCGCGUCCGAUUCGGUCCGUCCCGUCGGGAUCGCGGCGGUACCGUCCCCCAAGGCCACGUCUGGAUCGCCACUGUUCCACAUCAACCACAACAAUGAAGACAACGACGACGACGAUGAUAACACCAAGAAACGGGGACGCCGACCUUCGUUAUUGCGUCGCAGCGUGUCCGAAACCAUGACCCCCGCGUUGGAUUCCAAAAAGAAAUCCACCCGCACCGAUGCCCGACGCUCCUUUCGAAAGUCCCCAGCGGUGUCGGCGGAAUACGACCACCUCGACAACGGUGCAGAACACGACCACGUCCACGACCAUGACGCGGAUACCACCCGACGUCUCCCGUCCGCGGCUCCUCUCCACCGGCGGUGCCGGUCGGCAGGACCAGUCACUCCCACGACACACGUCGGGAGGAUGCGUCGACGACCAUUGGUACGGGUCCGCAAUCCACUCGACGUUGUCUUUGUUACCGAUGGCACAUCACUCGUGACCAAUCACACCGGCAACAAUCGGAUACGCGUCCUCGUCGAUAUCAAACGAACCAUGUACAACAAUUCCACGGAAACAGAGCGCAGCAAAAUGGUCACGGACUUGAUCCAAGUCGUGACCACGCAUUGGCGAGGACGAUUCUUACAACAAUAUGUAGGAGAUAUAGACAACCAAGAUGCGAAUCGUCAAUCACCCGGGUCGGAAUACGAAGUGUUGGACCCACACGAUGCCCAACAAUCGCAAGGCCUCUGGGCCGGUCCGCGAUCCUCCUCCCUGGACGACGAUGCGUCUUCGGUGACGACCAAUAGGAGCACGGUGACUUCGAGUACGAUUGCGACCACGGCUACGGCGGCGGAAAAACGAGUGUCGGAAGUGAAACAAGAGGCCGUCGCUGCGAUACACCUAUUGUCACCCCCGGCUCCCGACUUGCACAUACAAUCAAUGCGCAACGCGGCAGUGGAAAGCUUGCAGAAACGCAAAAAGCGACAGGGACUGGCCAACCGAAUCCGGCACUUGUCGGCCGCCAAUAUUCGGGGAGAAUCCUUAGGCACGGUGGACAGAAGCACGAGCUCGGCCAGCUCCGUCGGAUCGUCCAACGUGUCCGUCACUAGUCACAGUCGGUCCACGCAAUCGGCCACGGCUACGCAUGAUUCGGCAAAGCCGGAUCGGAUGCCGGUAAGCAGCAUGGGCCCGGCAUCUGCAUCGACCCAUUCCGUACCAAUGUUUGCCGAUGAUCAACUGUUAAUGACACUAGAAAGUCGUCUGUGGGCCGAAGGAUUGCGGCCCGAAGAUCUAGAGCCGGACCCAAUUGCCGCGACGACCGACGUCCGCAGACCAUCCAGCACGUACGAACCGGCGAAUCGCAACUCGUCCGUGCUGUCGAACCUGUCCGAAGGCAUGGUGGAAAUGUUAAUGGCGUCAUUGAACGAGGGCGGAAGUUACGAGUCGGACGAAUCAGAUCUAUCCGAUCAACGUAGCUCCACUGCUUACAAUCCUGGACCAGGUCAAGCGUCACAGCGACCCUCCUCUACUUUUCGCUCAGUGGAUUGGGAACCGAGGCUUCCGCAAACCUCGUCUAUUGAAAACGGUGCCCAUAACGCUGGACAAGCAUCACAACGGCCUCCGUUUGUCGACAGCAAUGAGUCAGGAAUUGCCCCACUGCGGCCUUCGUUUGUUGUCAGUGGUGGUGACGAUGGAGGUCUUCUGCCAUUGGGAAAUCCUGGCGAAGACGACAAUCGAUUCAGCGGGGAUGGGAUCGAGUCGAUACUGUCCUCGCUCGAGGUGACGUCGACACCGGGGCGCCGUAGAAGCAGCAUUCUGGAAGUACAUCAAGAGGUGGACGACGAAGAUGACGGCGAAUACGAGUAGACCUGUGGUACGGUUGAGACGGUCGGCAGGUUUAGUCGAACAUGGUCUUGGUAGGGCAUCUUCAAAAGCAUGGUUGAAUUGAGCCAUACUGUUUAUUCAGGAUAUAUGAUUGUGCUCACCCUUGGUCGGUAAACAAACUCAGUUAGCCGCACAUGUUUACAUAACGUGAUGC